AUGUCUCUCCAAGUUUCAAACGGGGACGGCUUCGUUUCCAGCCCUUCGAAGGAGGAAUCUGCAACCACAGGGGUCCGGCCCGGACGUGGAAGCAGCAGCGGGGACAUGCGCAGGGCUCUGGGCUGGGCCGGGGGGCGGCUGCGGGGGCCGGAGGCCUCUGUCUCGGGGAGGAUGUGCAGCGGCGGGGGCGGCGGUGACGGAGCGGACAGGAGGUUCCCACUGGCGGGCAGAGUGGCCGUGAUCACGGGCUCCACGGACGGGAUCGGGUUGGCGGUGGCCCGGCGACUGGGCCGGGAUGGGGCGCAUGUGGUGCUGAGCAGCCGCCAGCAGGAGAACGUGACCCGGGCCGUGGCAUCGCUGCAGGCCGAGGGGCUCAGCGUGUCGGGCACCGUGUGCCACAUCGGGAAGACCGAGGACCGGGAGCGGCUGGUGGCCAAGGCCCUGGAGCAUUCUGGGGGUGUCGACUUCUUGGUGUGUGUAGCGGGUGUGAACCCCCUGGUCAGGAGCACCUGGGAAGCCAGCGAGCAGAUCUGGGACAAGAUCCUGGAUGUGAACGUGAAGUCUCCCGCUCUGCUGCUGGGCCUGCUGGUGCCACACAUGGAGAAGAGGGGGAACAGCGCCGUGGUCCUAGUCUCAUCAACAGUAGCCUACUCUCCGUUCAAGCUCCUGGGCCCCUACAAUGUCAGCAAGACCGCCAUCUUGGGCCUGACCAAGACCCUGGCCCUGGAACUGAAGCCCAAGGGCAUCCGCGUGAAUUGCCUGGCCCCGGGACUCAUCAAGACCAACUUCAGUCAAGUGCUCUGGAAAAAUGAGAAGAUUUUAAAAGACAUUCAAAACUUACACCAAGUUUCGAGAACCGGGAAGCCGGAGGAUUGUGCAGGCGUCGUGUCCUUCCUGUGUUCUCCGGACGCCGGCUACAUCACCGGAGAGACCAUCGUGGUGGCCGGGGGCUCCCCACGGCUCUGA